GUACAUGUCCUACACAAACCACGCCCUCUAUAAAUUUCUUCUAUCCCAAAAACCCACCAGUUCACACACACAAAUUCAUGGGGAGUGGUGACUGAAAAUCAAUACAAGAAUGACAGGAUUGUGCAUGAAUGGAGCUGCGAUCCGUUUUAGUGCUCGUGCUCGUGUUCGUGUCCGUUCGCCCUCUGUGCAGUAUAAGAAGAGGGCGAGUUUCAUAGAGGGUCGAGAGAAAUCCGAUGCUUCAAGUGAAGUCAAUGAACUGAAUUUCAACAAUAAUUUGUCGAAAUCAGAAUUUGAAUGUGGGAAUAGAGUGAUGGUAGUGGUCGAUUCGAGCCCGGAAGCUAAAAGUGCUCUAGAAUGGGCACUCUCUCAUACUGUUCAAGCAAAGGAUUCAAUUAUACUCUUGCAUGUUACCAAAAAAGAUGAAAAUUAUCGUGGAGAUAUAAAUCAAAGGGCAUAUGAACUUCUUCAUUCUAUGAAAAAUAUAUGUCAAUUAAGAAAACCAGAGGUGAACGUGGAGAUGGUGUUUCGAGAAGGCAAGGAAAAGGGAGAAAUUAUAGUCGAAGAAGCUAAGCAUAGACGGGUUUUACUACUAGUUUUGGGACAGCGAAAACGCACGAUAAUUUGGAGAUUACGUAGAUUUUGGUCGACCAGAUUAAGGAAGAAAAAUAGGGUCGUGGAUUACUGCAUUCAAAAUGCUAAUUGCAUGACAAUUGCAGUGAGAAAGAAGAACAAGAAAUAUGGAGGAUAUUUGAUUACUACUAGAAGUCACAAAAAUUUCUGGCUUUUGGCUUAAUUUUUCACUUCCCUUUUUCAAAAAAAUAAAAAUAAUAAUAAUAAUAAUAAAAUGUUAUAAUGGAAUUAUGAAUGUGGAUGUAAAAAGUAUGCAUGUAAUUUCAAAUUUUCAUAAUUGUGCCUAAUCUGUUGGGGUUGGGAGGAAAUUUAAUUUUAAUGCUUAAACAAGGACUAUAUCGAAGUUAUAGUAAUCUUAAUACAAAAUCACCUUUUGGAGAAUUAUGAGCACAAAAGUUGAGAGACAAGAAUCUUGAAAUUCAUUUCGAUAAAAUGCAACAUUGAAUUCCUUUCC